AUGAGGUUUGCGACGAGAAGCGCAGCAAACACACCUCUUUUGACUUCCACAGACAUUCCACAACUUUCAGCCAGUCCCAUAAUACGAGAAUCUAUGACCACGAAACUGGAUGGAGGCAUCUUGCAAUUGGGUAAAAAACGGCAGCUGUUCGUAGAACCACAAUUGGCUGAACCUGUGCCUGUUUAUACGGGCUUACCGUUGGAAGCUGGUCCUACAGCCAAAAUAAAGAAAGAUUCACUAUGGUCAUCUCGAAGUAGAAGAAGCGGAAAAAGCUCGUCCAGUACUUCCAGAGAAGGAUCCGCUGUCCCCCCAGAAGAACCAGAUGUAGACACAGAUGUAGAAAAGUCGUACAACUCCAGUCUCCAAACCAAGCUUUCUGAAGCCAUCACAACUGCGAGCGAAGUAAGAAAACCCUUGACGUUGAAGAUACGAUCGUUGCGGAAACCCUCCAGUAGAACUACGACACCCAAACAACUCAAACGAACAGGGUCAGAUUUGGCUUCUCCGCUUCGUUCUUCAAAACGGAUAAAGGUCAUAUCGCCGAAAAAACCAGCAUCGACAAAUUUAGCACCUACACCCAUAAUACAUUCUCAUGGUGAGGGCAAUGUUGACGACGACCCUACGAAGGACAAUGACGACUUCUGUAGUGCCUGUGGAGGUCCAGGUGUGUUCAUUUGUUGUGAGACGUGUCCCAAGUCGUUCCACUUUACGUGCUGCGAUCCUCCAUUAGAAGAGGCUCCAGAAGAUGACUGGUUCUGUAGAGAGUGUAUAGCCAAGAAGAAUCCAUCCUUGCUUCAGAAAUGGACCGAUAUCGGCAUUUUCGCCCAGUUGAUGAACCAGCUGGAGUCAAGAAACCCCAAGGUAUUCCAACUUCCUAAGAAUCUACGUGACGGUACGUAUAUAGGAGUUUAUACAGCACCAAACGGAGACUAUGCUGACGAUACGAUGAAGCCGGAGUUGUCCUAUACCAGAGCCAACGGAGCCCAGAUUCCAGGCUACAACAAGAAUAUCGAUUUAGAAAUUGACAGUCUCUUCGACAAAGACGGAAAUCCCUACUUAUGUCACAAGUGUGGACAAUCUGGCUUAAGGAACCGCAUCAUCUCUCACUGCGAUUACUGCCCAUUAGUGUGGCAUAUUGAUUGCUUGGAUGAACCGAUGUUUGGACCCAAAACGAUUGGGACGAAGUGGAGAUGUCCCAACCACGUAGAAGAACUCAUCCCCAGGGACUUAAUCAGGACCAGAAGGCUGAAGGACACUGUUGUAAUAGAACCUUCAAUUCGGAACCACUUUUUACGGUUGGCUUCGUUGAGCGAUAUCGUCAUCAAGUUCGAUGAUCAGCCCUAUAUUAAACAAGAAAGGACGCCUUCCUUACAAGAGUACUUACAGUAUCAACUAGAGAAUUUCUCGAAAAAGGACAGGAAGUAUAUUGACGACAGAAACGGUGCGAUGGAUAUCGACGACUUUGACGAGGUCCACAGCAACUACAAGUUGCCAGACUAUUUCGAGUCGACAUCGACGUCUUUCGGAGUUUCAGCAAAAGCUUCCACAGGCUUGAAGCGAGUAAUUAGCAUCACAUCUGAAGAUGAUGACAGUCAAGUGAGCUCAUUUGUAUACCGAGUUCCAGAGAAACUGAUACUUCUCGACUUUUGCACCAAAAUAUCCAAAAAGAAAAUACUCGACAACAUAACAGAUUACGAUAACCUAAAGAGAGUAGAGACAAAUAUUGAAGACAGAAUAGUGGUAGAGAGCUUGAACGAUAUCAAGAUUCAUACUAACACAAGAUCGCAACCAAAGUUAAAUUUCGACGAGUUGGUGCAAGCGGCUACCGCCAAUUCUGACAGCGAUAUUGACGGUGAUGUUGGUUUAGAUAACAGCACCUUGGAAGAACUCUUAAAGAUAAAAAAGUUGAUGGAGCUCAAGGGUCAAGAUGCUCUCAUGAAGUUUCUUCAGUCAUAA